GGCACUGCCUUGCGCUGGAAGUGGAAAGAGUCUGCCAUCGUCACGUCCCAUCGGAACACGUCUCUCCGGCUAGUGGGGAAAGUAGAACUAAGUAGAACUCCUUCGUCCGCCAUGGUGAGCCCUCCAGGGACGGUGUUCGCGCCGCCCGUGCUCCGCAACGUCGACUACCGCUCGCCAGCGGACGACGCCUGGUACGCCGUCCGCCUGGCCGUGGAAGGAGGAACGACACUCCGCGUAAUGUACUGCAAUUUCUCUCCGGAGCACGACGAUUUCUACUUGGCCGAGAAUUUAUCCGGGCCUGGGAAAGUGGAGGCGCUGCGGGAGCGGUUCCGGGCGUCGUCAGUGCAGCUCCAGGACCAGGACUGCAGGAGUGUGGUGCAGGGCGCGAAGGUGUGCGCCUCGCACGCCUUCGGCGAGGAUGAUCUCCGGUUCUUUGAUGCCGUUGUUUCUUCGGUCAUCCGUGCAAAGCACAUUGUUGUGAAUGGUGAUACUGUUUGUAAUUGCAAAUUCAUACUCAUUUGGCAACAUGGCCCUUUAGUCGGACAACAGACAAUUGUGAGUGUACAACAGAUUUGUGUUGUGCCAUUUAGAAGCCCACAUAAUCCGACAUUGGACAAUUUCUUAGGCAUUGUGAGUGCAGGCCACACUGAAACAACCACAACAAGUGAGGAACAUACAAGUAAGAAACAUGAUGAAAGAAUAAUGGAUCACAGUAAACCAAAUGACACAGCUAAGAGACCAUCUAAUCAUAUGAAGUUUGAAAUACCUCAAUCAAUGGAUUUGAAGAGACGGCCUAAGUCAGUGGGUUUGAAAAGACCACCUCAGCCAAUGUAUCAUGAUGUGUCAUCACCAAAGCCAAAAAACAAUGGAGGAACCUCCUACUCUCUUUGGGUCGAUAAUCUAGAGAAAGAUGUAUCUCAUAUCACUAUUUCAGACUACUUAUAUGAGCAAACAUCCAUCGAUUGUCAUGUACAACUUUCUCAUUGUAGCAUGCCGACAACGUGUUAUGGUGGAAUGAUUAUCGUAAAGAAUGAAAGACAUGCAAAGAAGUUGCUUAAUUUUCUACUUGAUCCUGCUCACAUUGUCGUAUCUUCAAGGGGAAGGCGGUUUCUGUCGUAUCUUUGUAGACCAUGGUUUAUUAAAGAAGAUUGGUGUCAAGUGGUUGAAGGUGCAUUUCCGAGGGAUGAGAUUAAUCGAUCCAACAAAGCUCAACAAGACUCGAGCAAAUUAAGGUUGGUCUACAAGGGAACUCGGGAAUACGAAAGAGCAAAGGAUGUGCAACGCCUGCAUUUCGAGUUUCACAACCACGUAGAGAAACUUCUUCGAACCUUGGAUUUGGAGGAGAAAAGAAUUAUGCUUCAACGAGGAUGACCAUGGUUGCGCAUUGGUAAAUGUUAUCGAAUUUUGAUCUAAAACUGCCCCAUGAUGCAAGCUCGCGUGAUCUACUCUUGUGCAUAUCUCCAUUUCCACGCCCAUUUUGUUUGUCAUUUUGAUGCAGAUUCACUUACGUAACUGUGUUUGAAGACUGGCCACAGAAUGUUGAUACCCAACUCGUUUUGUUCCUUUUAUUGUAUUUACUGUGUUUUGUUUAGGGGGCUGUAAAUGAAUUGUGAACAAGUUUAGUAUUUGGUUUGUUAAUAGUUUAUUUAUAUUUGUCCAAUAUAUUAAACUAAAUAAAUAA